GCGUCUGUAGACCAGAUGGAGACUUGACGCAGGCGACGACAACACGUCGAUCGCCGCGACACGCUGCAGCCCUGUCGGAGGACACGACGCCAGUCCGUGGCGGUACACACGUGCUCCAGCGGGAGGAAGCCGGAGGGUCGCUAACGCUGCGCCUGUAUACGGCGCUCGCUCGUGGUGCCGUGCAGGCAGCAUAGGAGCAUCCUUGCUUUGUGAUGCCGGAACACCUCAAGUUUACUACGUCAGCUAUUGUAGAAGUGGAGUACCCUGAAGAAACGUGUGCUCAGGCAUAUGCCUACCGCCGACUGUCAGUUGCGUAAGAUCUCACCGCAAUCCCAUCCAAGAUGGCAUCCGAGAUGAGUGAAAGCACAGAAGUGGAGCGCAAGUUUAUUGUGCCAGCUGACAUACACGUUCGCUUAGAAAACGUCGGUGCUAUUCCUAUUAGCGAAAAGGAAUUUACGGAUGUGUACUACGACACCCUUGAUCACACUCUCUGUAAGAGAGACCACUGGUUGAGGAAACGAAGCGAAUAUGAUCGCUGGGAGCUCAAGUACCGGCGAAUGGGUGACGUGGUGUUACAGCACCACGCGCGAGCGUACCGAGAAGUAAAUGCGGAGAAAUACAUAUUGGCCAUAUUGACAGCGCUGCCAAUGAGAGAUAUCAAGGAUGACGUUACAGCGCUUCAUGAGCUCGUUUGCAACGGCAUCCUACAUGUCUUGGCGUACAUCAAAACCCGUAGGAGGACGUACAAGACAUCUGGGCGAGCAACUGUCGUCGUGGAUGAGAUGGACACUGGGUUCUCUGUGGGGGAGAUUGAAGUCCUGGUUCCCAGUGGACGAAACGAUGAAACCGAGAAAGCCACGGAAGAGAUCAAUCGGCUUCUCUCAUUGUUGGGUCUGGUCCAAACGACUGCGGCGGAAGGCAAAGUAGAAUGGUACCUAAGACAUCACAAGCCAACCCUUUAUCGGACCCUGGUGAAGUUGCACGUCUUACCCGAACGAAGCAGAGAAGACGCAUAGAGCACUUGCGUGCAUCUGCUUGUCUUGACUGAAGUCAACGCAUAUCUCUCAUUCUAUAAUCAAUGUUACCCUAACUGCUUUUGAAUACUGCACGGCGUGCGAUUCACCCAACAGUACCUCGUCCUUCCGUACUCCUACUGCGGCAUUGUGACCGAGUGCGAAACUUCCUAUAACACUUGUAGACAUAUUUUUGGAGUAAAAUAAAGCUAUGGUGAUGC